AAGUCCGACUAUAGUUUGUGCUGUAUGUGCCAUGAUGGACGGAAGAAAAGAAGGUGCCCAACCAAAGCCUAAUCUCCGAAGUCUUAGGAGCCGCCGUCUAAUCUAAUGUUGCACAAUGAUGACAUUCAAACUCCGAGUCCAACUCUCUGCACUGCGUCGACUUCAGUACUCUGCGGAACUUGUUCUAUGAGAAUAGCUUGUAUAAAACCCCUCGACCGCUUUCUUGCGACGAUUCACGCAAAAUACAGCACAACUGGUCACCCCUAAAUGGUCUGAAAUCCUUUGCAGUACGAAUACCAUUAAGGUCCGAGUCGGUGGCUCAAAGCUGUCUGGAACUCACAUGAACGAAGGCGUGAUUCUAGGGCUCCGAAUUGCUUGGCUGGAACUUGAUUGAACUUAUUUCCUCCUCCACAAGUUUAGUGACUCGGAAAGAAAUGCAGCGUGUAACACGAGUGAGGUUAUUGUCUUGAACUUCGAGACGGCAGGUCUUUUCCCUUGGCUACACGUGUACAAGCGCGUAAGCUUAGAAUCCCAUUCGAGUUGUGACAGAUUUCAUGUAUAAUCAGACGCUGCAGUGCGAUACCGGGUCAUUUUAGGAGUUUCUUGCUCGCUAUAAAUCAUUGAAGGCGGUAGGUUGCAAACUGAUCUCGUCUACGUUCUCAUUCAAACUCUAGCCCUUUUGACGUUCUCUCCGCAUGCCACUUUUGAAACCAGAUGUCGCGCAAAGUACUGUGGCGCGCGGUAUCAUCUCCCUUCAAGAGCAAGAAGAUUGGCAUCGAUGGCGAAACUCGCACUGACGAUACAGACAAAAUUGAGGUGAUCAUCCGUGAAGCCUUGGAGGCUAGAGAUGGGAGGGCUUUAAACUCGCAUAACCCCAAUGACAUAUCUAAUGAUCCGUCCACGGGAGCGACAGAGAAUGACAGUGCAUUGCUGCAACUCAGAGAGGAUAGAGCUCAGUAUGCCAUUGAUUGUAUGGAUAAGGUACGAUCAAGCCUUUUCUUUCACUUGUCUUCCCAUUCACUUACUGCUGCAAAGCUUCACGAUGACGACGCUUAUUGGAUAGCAUUUACGGAAGGGACUUCCCUCAAGAGCAACAAUCGUCGCGACCUGAGGCCACUACUUGUCAAGCUUUGCCAGCGAUCCAACAGGUAUCCCGCUGCGUUCCAGAUUAGGACUACAAACGUCAAUCGCACGAAACGCUGCGGAGGGGCAUUCUCCGAUGUAUUCAACGGUUCCAUCAUGAUAGAUCGUCGCAAGAUGAACGUCGCUUUGAAACGCGUGCGAUGGCCAAGCGAGUUAGGCAGGAGGCAACUCGAAAGCCUGCAGAAGAAAUUCAUAUUGGAAGCUUUGAUCUGGAGUAAACUGCAUCACGAUAAUAUCGUCCCUCUUCUGGGCAUCGAUGAACGUCAGUUUCAGAAUUUACCCUGUAUUGUCUUACCUUGGUAUGAAUUCGGGAGUCUCUGCACGUAUUGGGAACACUAUUCAGGAGAAGUAACCACAAAACGUUCAUAUUCUUGGAUGUGCGAUGUCGCUUCGGGGCUUGCUUAUCUUCACGAGGAGGGCGUUAUCCAUGGAGAUGUACGCGGGGAUAAUAUUCUCAUACAUAAUAAUGGUCGAGCUCACUUAACGGAUUUCGGCUUGGCGGUGUACAUGCACGAGAACAGUCACAGCUUUAAUUCAAAUCGCGCAGGGGCUGUUCGGUUCCUUGCGCCGGAGCAAUUGGAUCCAGAAGUAUAUGGAUUCACAUCUUCUCGGCCCACCGUCAACAGCGAUGUCUUCUCAUUUGCGUUCACUUGCAUUGAGGCGUUCACUGGAGAGAAGCCGUUCCCUUCGUUGGACAAGAACACCGCACGUUCACAUAUUCUAGCAGGCGGCAGGCCAACUCUGCCUCUCUCGCCAGUCUCAAAGGAGCUCAUGCGAGAGGACAUUUGGCGUUUAGUUUGCGAAUGCUGGUUAGAAAUUUAUCAUUCUCAAGGACACGAGCGGCCAAGGAUGGUGGACGUGACCUCAUCCCUCAGAGAGCUCGUGUAGUGGCGUUGAUCUUGAUGCUGUACAAAUUCUUCCAACUCGGCGCUAUAUGUCUAGUAACAUCACCGUGCGUGUCCACCGUAGAGCCUUCUUUCCUUUCAUUCCUAUUGAGGUGCACAUUGGCAUUCUCGCUAGCCGCGGGCGUUCUCUGAUAAUGUAUUGUUCUGAGUAUGGGCAACUCAUAUCAGAUUCAUCAGAUUCUAUCCAUGACGGACAAUGCGCAUUUCUACACCGUAUAUAGCAAGACCGAGUGUUAUAUCUGGUGCUCACAUCCCCAAUGUCGUUCGCUUAACGUUCAAACUGAUUUGUGAGCGAUACGCUGUAGUGGCGUCGGGAAGCCUGUGCCAUGUGUGGCUCCGGUACGGCUCCUGCAGCAUUAUCAGAUACAGGAACCUCAUCGUGGUUGUCGCGUGUGAUGGAAGCAUGCACUAACGCUUGUAAUGCAAGUGCAUAUAUUAGAGGCUUAGUUCACGUUUUCACCCCGGCAAAUCCUGCAGAGAGGACUUCUCUUCUUACCAAACUUC